UUCUUCCUCUUCCUCCCCUCUAUCRUGUUCAACAGAAAUAUUGAGCUUGUCCAUCUGAACGUGUAUCUGCGGUGGGAAUAAUACGUGACCUUCCAUGUGCACUGGCUGCAACUGUUGUGACUUAUAUAGAAACGGCUUUGUUCAGACCGGUGGGCGCUCCUCCAGAGAGCAAUGGACCAUGCCAGAGCAGCCAUUUCCAACUUGUUUGGUGGCGAGCCGAUGUCCUACACGCGCUUCAGCAUCGCUCGGCAAACAGAUGGCGACAACAGCCACGUGGAGAUGAAGCUGUCGGCUGAUGAUGAGGAAGGAGGGGAGAUGGGGAGGCAGGAGAACCUGCACACCAGCAUGGGGCAGCCACRGAGGACUGGCAAGAACCUCUGCUUCAUUGUCAUUGCAGCUGUGCUCCUCCUUUUGACUGGGUUUCUCAUUGGCUACUUGAGCUACCGUGGACGAAUGCGCAUGGCUGGGAAGUGUCUAGAUGGAAGUGGCAGAUGUGAGAUAACCCCUACUGCAUCUUACUUAAUGGAUGCUGAUGAAAUGGAGGAAGAGAUUCCAGAAUCACGUGUCCUUUACUGGCCUGAACUUAAAGACCUCUUUUCAAAAAAGCUGUCAGUCAGACAUCUUGAAGACAACUUGAGGCUAAGAGCAGGCAGCAAAUCUGUUGAAGCUGGCCAGAUUGAAGAUGAGAGCUUGGCCACCUACAUUCAUGAGCAGUUCAACAAAUUCUUGUUGGAUCGAGUGUGGAAUGAUGAGCACUAUAUUAAACUGCAGGUCAGAGGCAGCAGCAACAAUGAAGUGUCUCUGCUGGAGGAUGGUGGAAGCAUAACCGAGAGUCCUGAUGCAUACGUGGCAUACAGCAAAAAUGGCUCAGCCUCUGGCAAACCCGUCUAUGUGAACUACGGACAGAAGGAAGACUUUCGGCAACUGCAAAAUUUGGGUGUUUUGAAUGAAUCUGUUGUCAUCGUCAGAGCUGGUAAAAUUACCCUUGCUGAGAAGGUUGCAAAUGCCAAAGAGGCGGGAGCAGUUGGUGUUGUGAUGUACAUGGAUCCAUCUGAUUACAAGGGCACGAACCAACUCGUCCCUUUUGGGCAUGCCCACCUUGGCACUGGAGACCCUUUCACUCCAGGCUUCCCUUCUUUCAACCACACUCAGUUCCCCCCAGUCAAAUCUUCGGGACUACCUGAAAUUGCUGUUCAGACCAUCUCCAGCGACUCAGCAAGCCRCCUGUUCAGCAAAAUGGAUGGGGGCCCAUGUCCUGCGGAAUGGAAAGGUGGGAYCAUCAGCUGUGCGUUGAUGUCGAGCAGUCAAGGCAAUAAGACAGUGCAACUGAAAGUGAACAAUGUCAUGGUGGACAGGAAGAUUCUGAACAUCUUYGGUGCUAUCAAGGGGUUUGAAGAACCAGAUCGGUAUGUUGUGAUUGGAGCUCAGAGGGAUUCCUGGGGCCCAGGAGCAGCCAAGGCUGGUGUUGGAACUGCCAUAUUGUUGGAACUUGCCCAAGUGAUCUCAGAGGUGGUGAAAAAGGAUGGCUAUAAACCAAGGCGAAGCAUCAUCUUUGCUAGCUGGAGUGCCGGGGAGUAUGGAGCUGUGGGUGCUACUGAAUGGCUGGAGGGAUACUCUGCCACGCUGCAUGCCAAAGCCUUCACUUACAUCAACCUCGAUGCGGCCGUUCUAGGCUGGAAGCAUGUCAAGAUUUCUGCCAGCCCAAUGCUGUACUCGCUGUUGGAGAGAACAAUGAAAGGGGUAUCAGAUCCAGCAGAUGACGGCACCCUGCUGAACAGAGUUGGCUCGGACUGGGUAAAAGCAGUUGUUCCCCUUGGCCUGGGUGAUGCGGCAUUUCCUUUCCUGGCAUACUCAGGAAUCCCAGCUGUGUCCUUUGGUUUCUACGAUAGAGGUGAGGAAUACUCCUUCCUGGGCACUGCUGAGGACACUGUGGAGAACCUGAAGAAGAUUCCCAGGCUCUACAGUCUUAUGUUUGCGGCUGCGGAAGUGGCUGGACACAUUGCUCUCAGGUUGAGCCACGAUCAUGAGCUUUUCCUGGACUUUGGGAGAUACAGUGAUGAGCUGCUAACCUUCCAGGAGAAGUUUCUGGAAUAUGACCAGGAAGUGAAGGAGCUUGGGCUGACCUUGGACUGGCUGUUUUUUGCCCGUGGAGACUUCCAGCGAGCUGUAGAUGGACUAAGAAGAGACAUUGCACACAGUGAUAGGGAAAACAAGGUCAUGCGCAGGGCUUUGAAUGACAGGAUCAUGAAGGUGGAAUAUGAYUUCCUCUCCCCAUAUCUGUCACCAAAAGAUACUCCCCUUCGCCACAUCUUCUUUGGCAAAGGCUCCCACACCCUGCAGAGCCUCCUGGAGAACCUGCAGCUGCUGAAGACCAGCAGGAGCCGYGUGAACGUGAACCUGCUGAAGGAGCAGCUGGCCCUGGCGACCUGGACGAUCAAAGGGGCUGCCAAUGCCAUAGUAGGGGAUAUCUGGGAUACAGACAAUGAGUUUUAGACACAGCAAGCACACCUGGCUAAGGUACACAAUUAUGGAAACCCACUCUCUAACAUGGCAUUAUAGUUCUGUAGAGAAUUGGUCGGGGUGGGGGGAAUGUGUGUUUAUUUUUGUUUGUUUUGACCAAAGUUGAGCUUAAACCUAAAUUCUCACCUUGAUAAAUUCACAGGAGGCAGUUUUAAAGCAGGUACUUGAUUUACCGUGAAAUUUCCUCUGAUCACAAUUGAAACCAGUCACAUAGAGCUGUUGUGGGGCUUUCUGGUGUACUUGACAAACAACUGGCAGAUUAUCUAAACUGGUACCUUAGUGGGUAGGUACCACAUCUAUUUAGGGUUUAAAUUAUUGGCCUCCUAAACUUAGUGAUAGAACAGGGAAUAGAUUCCUUCAGCGUUUGUAAUGAGAAUCUCUUCCUCAUCAGGGAGCUGCAGAGACAAACCUCUAGCUCAAGAAUAAGUCUGUGUAGUAGUAGCCCAUAAGUGCUAGAUUAUCAGCAAGCUCUGAAGUGCCCAGCCUCCCCUGGCCAAAGAGCAGCAGCCUUGGAGCAUCUCAGAGGCUUCUUCCAAAGCAGAUCUUGAUACCAGGGGAGAUGAGCCAAAGACCAUCAGAGGUCUCUCUGAACUGGCAGCUUGGUGAGUCCUGUAGCAUUGAGGAAUGACUAAAUGGGCACUUCAGAUCUUGCUGCUUUUGGGCCUUUUGUGAAAUGAGUCUCGUGCUGGCCACACCCUGUCUGGCUGUUGCCAUUGUUCAGGACGGCUCUUGUUUGGCACUGAGAUAUUUAUUUGUUUAUUUAUUUAUCAGUGACAGCGUUCACUAUAAAUGGUGUGUGGUUUUUUAUAGAAGAUAAUUAUCGGAAGCAGUGCCUUCCAUAAUUAUGACAGUUAUACUGUCGUUUUUGAAUAAAGCAGCAUCUGCUAUUACAGUCAAACAUGAUACUGGAACUUUGCAUUUAAAAUAAUCAACACAAGCAAAAAAAAUAAUAAUUGAAAACUAGCGAUUAAGCUUUCUGUGGCAAAAACACCRCUUUGGAAUAAACUUGAAGAUGUAAAGUCUUCAAGUAAGUCUCUGGGUUGUGUUCYAAAUUGAUCUUUGAAAUGGUGAAAACCUGGGUGGAGAAGUAGAAUAGGAGAAAUUUGGCUUUGGGAGCAGGCGUGCUCCUAGGUGACGUGAUAAAAGGCCUCAUUUAUGCAGCCCUGGUGCCACCCCCCACAACACAAGCAAACUUGUGUCCCAGAUGAAGCACUAGCCCAAUUUUCAAUGGCAGCUUCCUGCAAACUUCCAGUACCUUGUGUAUCAUGAAACCUAACUGACAUUAUCGGAGGCAGUGUCUUCCAUAAUGUGUAAAGAACAAGGUAGUUUUUGCCUACCACAGUGUUAUAUCGGAGGCAGUGACCUCCAUAUGUUGCACUAUGGGUGUACGUAAUUAUCGGGGACAGUGUUUCCCAUAAUUGUUCUAUGCUUAUCAUGCAAUGUCAUCUGCAAAGCUUGAUGGUUAGUAUCUAACAUGGAUCAACUUCCUGCAGUCUUUUUUUGUUAUUGUUUUCCCACUCUCCUGUGGUGAUAAAAAUACAAAUGUCAGUCCCUUAUGUACUUUUCAGACUCCACCUGCUCUGUAGGCUGAACUGUUUCAAAUAGUUGUGCUGUCUUGAAUUAGCUUCCUACCUCUAGUUGUGAGACGUGAUGUUUUACACAAGCAACCUAGUUAGACUGUGCUCUGUGAUUUUUAGUGAGCUUUCUUCAAUCAGUUACCAAGUUUAUGGAAUUAAAGGUGAGCGUAGGGUUUGGGGGCCGAUGGGGCAGAGCGCUCUGAUCACUGCUGAAGGUGUGUGUACUACUUGAAGCCCAUUCUGCCUCUUCAUUCUGUGGCAGAGCUGGCUUGUGUGCACGGAAAACUGCCUGUACCUCUCCCUAGGUCUGAGUGGAGAGUCCAGUCUUGUUGCAGAGGAUGGGGAGGGAACAAAAUCACUGGCAUGUUUCUGAUGACCUCUCUGCUUCCUAGUGUGAAGYUGAGCCCUGCUUCUCUCCAUUUGACAUCCAGUAAGAUGCAGUGUGCAUUCCCUAAAAAGCUCUCUGUGGCCAGUCCCUGUUAUAAAAUAGCUUUUUAAAUMAAGAGCACUGCUUGGGAGGUGGAGAGACCUGAACAGGGUCCUACCUUGUGGUCCUGCCUCCUGGCAUGGGCAUGGAGAAGCCUCCAGCCUCUGGCAGGAGAAGCUCCAGCUGCCUGUAGCUUUGGAGGGGUUUUCAUGGGCCUUGCARGGAGACAGGUGUCCAAGCUCGUGUCGCUC